CCCUCUCUCCGAACUAUGGUCUGGCUCUCAGUCCUGCUCGGUGCAUGUUUCCCCUUCGCGAGGGCUGAGAUCUCUGGGGCUGUGUCCAUGUCAUGACACAGUGCAGUGCAGGAUCGGAGUGGUCGCCUCGCACGCCACUGGAACCCCCGCCGCCCCGACACUCUUUCCCGUUGCUUUGAGUUUGGCCACGUAAAAUAUGCGAUGUUCGCAGGAGCGCCCGGUAUUCUGUCUGCUGCUGCUGCUGCUGCACUUUGUUUUCACCUUGGCAACCGGCCACGAAGAGCUCUCGGACUCCGGCAGACUCCUGUCUCUCUUUGCAGAGCAAGGUCAGCUGUCAGAGUCGGACCUGUCCAUUGUCCACCCGGAGAGAACCGAUGCCGAUGGAGGAUUCGUCUCCCACUCUCUCGCCCACCACUUUGCGGGUGGAAGAGUCAGGCGUGACCUGCGACCCCUUGCCCCGGAGGGACAGGUUUACUACAAGCUCAGCUACCGGGGCCGAGCUUUACUGUUCAAUUUGACCGCAAACGACAACCUGGUUUCAAAUGGCUACGUCCUGGAGAGGAGGAGCGGCGGCAGCGCCAACAGGAGCGAGCAUCGUCCCUCCGGGGGCAACUCCUGCCACCUCCUUGGCACCGUGGAAAACUCCGGUGUGCGGGGAACUGCAGCCAUUAGCUCCUGCAAAGGACUGAGAGGCUUCUUCUCCCUGCCGGAGGGACAGUAUUUCAUCGAACCUGUCCAGAAAUCUCCUGAUGAUCCUGCAGGGACUCCAGAGCCCCACGUCGUCUAUCCAAGAGUAACGCCAGAGAGUCAAAGAAAAAAACGCAGCCUUGGGUCCAAAGACACACCCAGUCCCUGCGGAGUUCAAGAUGCUCAAAGUGACUCUGUCCAGGUGGAGAGGGAGAGGGAGGAAUGGGAGAGGGAGCAGCAGAGUUGGGAGGAUCGGGCCGAGGAUCGGGCCGAGUCUCGCUCGCAGCGCUCAGUCAGUAGAGAGCGCUGGGUGGAGACCAUGGUGGUGGCUGACGCCAAACUCAUUGAAUAUCACGGCAGCGAUAAUGUGGAGUCCUACAUCUUCACCAUCAUGAACAUGGUGGCGGGAAUCUUUCAUGAUGCCAGUAUUGGGAAUGCCAUCCAUGUCAUCUUGGUGCGCCUCAUUUUGUUACAGGGAGAAGAGAAAGGGUUGAAGAUUGUUCACCAUGCCGACAGCACUUUGGCCAGUUUCUGUGCUUGGCAGAAAAACCUCAACCCUCAGAGUGACACGCACCCGGCUCACCACGACGUGGCAGUGUUGGUCACCAGGAAAGACAUCUGUGCUGGGAUGAACCAGCCGUGUGAGACCCUGGGUCUGUCGCAUCUCUCUGGGAUGUGUCAGCCACACCGCAGCUGCAAUAUCAACGAGGAUUCUGGACUACCUGUCGCUUUCACCGUUGCUCACGAAAUGGGCCACAGCUUUGGAAUUCAUCACGACGGCCAGGGGAAUGACUGUGAGCUGGAAGGGAGGCACCCGUUCAUCAUGUCCAGGCAGCUGAUGUACGACAGCUCGCCUCUCACUUGGUCUUCCUGCUCCAAAGAAUACAUCACACGCUUCCUUGAUCGUGGAUGGGGCUUCUGUCUGGAUGAUCGUCCUUCCAAGAGGGACCUAACCACCCCACUGGCUCGCCUCGGUGUCCGCUACACCACGCACCACCAGUGCCAACUCCAGUAUGGCCCGAAUGCGACCUUCUGCCCUGAGGUCGACAAUGUUUGCCAGAUUCUCUGGUGCUCGGUGAACGGCUCCUGUCGCUCCAAACUGGACUCACCUAUCGAUGGCACUCGCUGUGGACCAGAGAAGUGGUGCAUCUCGGGAGAGUGUGUGAUCGUGGGUAAACUCCCAGAGACCGUGAAUGGAGGCUGGGGACAGUGGAGUACCUGGUCUCACUGCUCCAGGACCUGUGGAACAGGUGUUCAGUCAGCGGAGAGGGAAUGUAACGACCCCAAACCAGAAUUUGGAGGCAGGUACUGCACCGGAGAAAGGAAGCGCUAUCGCACCUGUAACACAAAACCCUGCCAGAGGAAUAAACCGACCUUUCGAGAGAUGCAGUGCAGUGAGUUCGACACUGUGGCCUACAACAACGAGCUGUACAAGUGGAUCCCUGUGACCAACCCAUUGAAUCCCUGCGAGCUGAACUGUCGACCAGUCAAUGAGUAUUUUUCGGAGAAGAUGCUCGACGCUGUGACCGACGGAACAACGUGCUUCAUGAACAACAAGUCCAGAAACAUCUGCAUCAAUGGAGUGUGCAAGGACGUAGGCUGUGACAAUGGCAUCGACUCCAACGCGGUGGAGGAUCACUGUGGAGUUUGUUUGGGCGACGGCACGAGCUGUGAGACGGUCUACAAGUCAUUUGAUGAAGCAGAAGGCUUUGGGUACGUGGACGUGGGUGUGAUACCUGAGGGGGCGCGGGACAUCCUGGUUAAGGAAGUAGAGGAGGCAGGUAACUUCUUGGCCCUGAGGAGUGAGGCGUCGGAGGAGUAUUUCCUCAACGGCAACUUCAUCAUCCAGUGGAACGGGGAGUAUGAGGCCGGUGGGACGACGUUCUACUACGAACGCAGCGGAAACAUGGAGAACCUCACUGCCCCCGGACCCACCAAACAGCCGGUUGUGCUCCAGUUGCUGUUCCAGGAGAAGAACCUGGGUUUAAAGUACGAGUACUCAAUGAAGAAGACCAAAGAGGCAGGAAAUGAGAUCCUGGAACCCAUGUACAGUUGGAGACACGGGGCAUGGACCGACUGCAGCACCACCUGUGGCUUAGGUGAGCAGCUCCAGCCUGUGCGAUGCUUUGAGAUGGAUGUGGGAGUGGUGGACGAGUCUCUGUGUGAUCCAGACAGCCGUCCAGAAGAUAGACACCGAAAAUGCAAGACUAUGGAUUGUCCUGCAAGGUGGUGGGUUGGUGGUUGGCAGCAGUGCACAGCCACCUGCGGAUCAGAUGGUGUGAGAAAGCGAACGGUUCUCUGUGUCCGCACAGUUUCGGCAGAGGAAAGGGUGCUCCACCCUUUGGAGUGCAAGCAUCUCCUUAAACCCAAACCGGUGGUGCCGUGCAACAGAGACGUACCCUGUGGACAGGACUGGGCAGUCGGAAACUGGGAGGAGUGUCCAGUCACAUGUGGAGGAGGGGUUCGCUCACGCAAAGUCACGUGUUCAAUAGCACCCAAAAAGACGUGCGACCUCUCAACCAAACCUCGCUCCAGAUCACUGUGUGCCCUGCAGAGCUGCCCUAACUCAAGUCUACGUAGACGACCCGGGCCUGCCCCAAAAUACCGCCACAUUUUCCCCCCUAAGAGCCGCCCCACCAAUCCUCCUGGUUCGCCUCCCAUGAGCACCACAUCUACGGCUGCAGCCACGCCUGUGAAGAAGAAAACAACACAAGGAACUACAACUGCUCUCGUCCCAACCACCACAUCCUCUACAACCCCUGAAACCACAGUCCCUGAAAUCAUUGACACAGAUGACUAUGAGUUCAAUGUUGUCGUGAGGGAAAAUGGGAGUAAGAGAGAUACAGUUUUCCCCUCUGAACCCACUUCUGUUGAAAAGGACAUGAAAGCAACCAAUUUGGAGAAGGAGAACAUGGAAGGGGAGGAGGGAAGUACACCAAAUGUGGUGAUGUACACUCCGGGAUAUGAUUAUGCCGUUGAGGAUAUGACAACUGAAGAGGAGGGGAUUAUUGACCUGGAUGUUUCCACCACAGCUACAUCUCUCAGAAAUCCCAUCAAAUCAACCACUUCACAAACAAGUCCACCUACCAUGCACACAACCAGUACACCCACUACACCCACUACAACUACGUAUUCCACCCCGAACACCAGCACUCUAAGAUGGGUAAAGACCCCUCACCACACCAGCCCACACAGCCACCGGACACACAGGGUUCCCCUCACCACUCCCAUGCACAAGAACCACUCGGUCCAAUCGGAAACUGGCUUUCGCACAACACAAGCUCCUUCCACAACUGCGAGAAAUCUAUUCACCACUGCCGCAUCACCCCAGCCCACAGUAAAGAUUAUUAAAGUGAAGAAACCUGCUGUGACACCCAAGAAAAAUAAUUCUCCCCCUCGGGUUAAAAAGCCCCCUUCACGGUCCAAAGGCAGUCACCCCAAGAGCCCAAACCAUCAACCCGAGAGUCCCAUGAGUAGCUCCACCGGCGACCAAAGCAACCUGAUGGCCAGAGAGCCCGUCCGCAGGGACAUAUUCUGGGUUGUAGGAAAUUGGAGCGAGUGUUCAACAACAUGUGGGAUUGGCGCAAUAUGGCGAACAGUCAUGUGCAGCUCCCAGAGUGACGAGGACUGUGCCAGCGUGAAGAGACCCGAGCCGGCACGUACGUGUCAGCUGCAGCCCUGUGCCACCUGGCAGAGUGGCAGCUGGAGCAAAUGUCCGGAUAGCUGUGCGGUGGUGGGAAGGAGGUACCGCGAUGUCCAGUGUGUCGAUUCUCAGAGUAACCGUCCCCUCAGACCUUUCCACUGUCAGGCUGCGUCCAGCAAACCCAUCAGCACGCUGACUUGCCCCCACAAGCCCUGUAUGACCUGGAGUAUAUCACCCUGGGGACCAUGCUCUGGCAGCUGUGGCGAGGGCGCCAGGGAGCGGCUGGUGUACUGUCCCGAGCCGCAUCGCUGCGGCACCACGCUGAGGCCGAACAGCACAGAGGCGUGCAGCCUAAAGCCCUGCGCUCACUGGAAGACUGAGGACUGGGAGGAGUGCUCCGUGAGUUGCGGCGGGGGUCAGCAGCUGCGUCAAGUCAACUGCGUGAGUGACCAGGACUCGGCUGUAAUGCCAAACAACCUCUGUGAGAAGAUUUCCAAACCAGAAACACUCAGGAAGUGCAAUGUGCAGGAAUGCAAGAGCAACACAGGUCCCGUUUGCAGGAAGAACACGAUAUCCUCGCGCUUCUGUGACAAGCUGAAGCUGUUGGGUCGCUGCUCUCUCAGGUCUGUCCAAAGACAGUGUUGUGUCACCUGUGGGCCAUAGCCACUGUAACACACACACACACACGCGCACACACACACACACACACACACACACACACACACACAUGCAGAUAUAAUUCAAUCGACACACCCCAGCUACAGUAACACUUACGGUAUCUUCAUGCGUAAAGUCAAACCACGACACUGCAGCGAAGACAUCCUCACCAGCAGUCGACUAUAAUCAAGUCGAAACAUACCUGAGAACGUUUAGCGCUGUCAAACUACUCAUCGGUGCUGGAGAGCUACUCCUACGCAGUUUUGAUGAAUCAGAUUGUAAUACAAGGUACAGAAUGCACUUUCUUUAUUCAGUCACAAACGGCACUGGUCUAGAGAAGCUGUUGAUGAUUACAGAUCAGCGGACAAGGUACCAGUUCAAGUUUCAUUUCAGCGAAUUAGUCAAAUCAGAAUGUAAAUACAGUUUUAUCAGAUUGUUUAUAGCAAUGAUGAUCUAUGUGUUUUUUACUCAUAUAUUUAGCUUCUUUUUUUUUUGCCUGAUUUGUGGUUUUUCUUGCACUGUGGGUUGACGUUAUUCCCAGGUACACGUUCCUGCUCUAGUCAUUUUCGUUUCAAUUGUCAAUUGACGGAAUCAGCAGCAGAACCCGCUCAGUUCACCAGCUCAAAUCUCGGUGCCCCUUUACUCCUCUGCUGUGAGAUUGAUCGAUGACGAAGAGGUGUUGCAGGUCAUCCCUCUCAGGUCCCUCUAAAGAUGGCCGCUGUGUUUAUAUGAUACUGUACAGGCAUUGCCGGUGCCACGUGUGUGGUACGUCACCAUGACUCGUUUUUGGCCCAUCAUUAAAUGUUAUGAUAAAAGAUGUUUGUGACAAAACUGCUCCAUAGCUGAUACAUGAAAUAAAUUUUUCUUUUAA